AUGGCUUCGGUGCGAAUCAUUUGGAUUAUUAUAUCUAUUUUAUUAAUAACAUUCGUGACAUACUCGACAAGUGUUCCGACAAGAAAAACCAAAAGGACUUCCUUGACUCAUUCACAACAGUUCCUCGACUUCAUGAAGAAAAAUGGAUAUUUAUCAGAAGAACAUUUUGUGGUGACUGAAGACGGAUACAUCUUGAGGAUGUUCAGAAUAGUGCAAGCGAAGAACUGCCAGAAUAGUAAAUUUAUAACACCAGUUCUGUUAAUGCAUGGUCUACUGGAAAGCUCAGAUUCGUGGAUGGACUCCGGUCCCAAUGCAGGUCUCGCUUACCUUAUAUCUGAUGCCUGCUUCGACCUCUGGUUAGGCAACUUUAGAGGUAACUACUACUCUAGAAGACACAUGACCCUUGACCCAAAUAAAGAUGCUAAAUUUUGGCAAUUUUCGGUUGAUCAAAUGGGAUAUUACGAUGCUCCCGCUUUGGUCGACUACAUCUUGAAUAACACUGGAGUACAAAAACUAAACUAUAUCGGAUAUUCACAAGGGUGUGCGACUUUCUUCAUAAUGUGCUCUGAAAGACCAGAAUAUUCUAAUAAAAUUAACGUUAUGAUUGGUCUAGCACCAGCAACUAGACAUUUAAACUCUAGAUCUAUUGGAUUCCGCCUUUCGACUAUGGCGUUUGCAUUUUUAGAAAAAGGGCUCAGAUCCGCUGGUGUUGAAGAAGUAUUACGGAAAGGUUCACUAGUGCAAAGAUUGUUGGCUACUUUUUGCCAAUUAAACACUAUGACUGAAGUAUUUUGUGAUGUCGGAUUGGCUUUCGUAGACUUUUAUCAUCCGGGCUCCGCUACUAACAAGACAAUUGCAAACGUUUACAAUCAUUUACCUGCUGGAACAUCUGUGAAAACUUUGGCACAGUAUGGUCAAAGUAUGAUUAGUUCUGAUUUUGUAAAAUUCGACUAUGGGAGGCAGACUAAUAUGAAAGUCUAUGGUCAAGAGAAACCUCCGAAGUAUAAGUUGAGUAUUGUGAGUGCGCCUGUAGUGAUUAUUUAUGGUAGAAACGAUGGUUUGGUGGACGUUAAAGAUGUGAAAUGGUUAGCUAAGAAGCUGCCUAACGUGAUCGACGUGGUGGAAGUAAAGGAUCCCCUGUGGAACCAUUUAGAUGUACACCAUAGUAGAUUUACAAAAAGCCUUAUAUUUCCAAAGAUUUAUGAACAUCUUCUUGCAAACAGUCAUUAA